CAAUUCAACAAAAAGAAAGAAGUAAAUAUAUCAUCGUCGUUAUAACAUAUCAUCAUAAUCAUCCCGUUUUAGGUUCCUAUAUUUGGCAACACUUCCUCCAGCCUAUUUUUAUCAUCUCAUCUGCAAUACUGCAUUUUUCAUAACAAACAAAAGCUCCCCACCAUUUCUCUUUUCUUAUUCUUCUUCUUUCUUCUUCUUUCAUUUUUUUUCAACAUUUUCCACGAGGGAAAAAGAAGAAAAAACAUCGUGAGAAGAUAGAGGAAUCAUUAGCAGCAGAAGGGUGUGUGGAUUUGGAACAAAAUGGCGAGAGAAGCAUUCAUUUUCAAGGAAAGCGCCUUGUUAUCUCUCAGAGCGUUGAAGAGCUUGUUGAUGUUGAUAUUUGCGGUUGCUAUGCUGCUGCUGCUGCCAUUCAGAGGGCGGAGGAGGGUGCCACCGGCCGAGAAACCCAGCGGCAAAGAGGAGUGCCACCGGAAAGGCGCGGUGGUGCGCAUGCCGGCCAAGAUGGUGCCAGGGAAAAGUGGUGCUGGUGCGGUGGCAGCAAGGAGGGAGUUGGCCAUAAGGAGGGUGGUGGAGGAUGAUGAUGAUCAAAGAUGUGUGAGAGAGUAUUGGCUUUUGGGAACCAAAAGGGGUGAUACCAUUUUCACACAAUGUUGGAAACCAGUUUCUGAUAAGAUCAGGGGACUCGUUCUUCUUAUGCAUGGACUGAAUGAACACAGUGGCAGGUAUAGUGAUUUUGCAAAGCAGCUGAAUGCUAAUGGCUACAAAGUUUAUGGGAUGGAUUGGAUUGGCCAUGGUGGAAGUGAUGGGUUGCAUGCAUAUGUUCAUUCUCUUGAUGAUGCUGUCUCUGAUAUGAAAGUAUUUCUUGAGAAGAUUCUAAAUGAAAACCAUGGGCUUCCAUGUUUCUGCUAUGGACACUCAACAGGUGCUGCCAUUAUUCUUAAGGCACUGCUUGAUCCAAAGGUUGAAGCUAGUAUAGUUGGUGCUACAUUCACAUCACCAGCAGUUGGAGUGGAGCCUUCUCAUCCAAUUUUGGUGGCACUUGCGCCUAUACUUUCAUUUUUGCUGCCAACAUAUCAAUGUAAUUCUGCAUACAAGAAGGGGUUGCCAGUUUCUCGAGAUCCAGAGGCUCUAACUGCUAAAUAUUCAGAUCCAUUAGUAUGUACAGGAUCUCUAAGAGUACGUACCGGCUAUGAGAUUCUUCGAAUUACAAGCUACUUGCAACAAAAUCUCAGAAAACUGAGAGUUCCAUUUCAAGUUCUCCAUGGCACUGCUGAUUCUAUUACUGAUCCUGAUGCUUCUCAAAAAUUGUAUGAACAAGCAUCCUCAACAGACAAAACUAUCAAACUGUAUGAAGGCUUUGCACAUGACCUCCUCUUUGAACCUGAACGAGAGGAUAUCAUUCAGGAUAUAAUUCAAUGGUUGAAUAGUCGAAUAUGAAUUAAGUUAGAGCAGUAAGGGAAAAUAUCAUGGAAUUUUCAACCCAAGGUAUUGAAAGAUAAAUAGUUCAGUGAUCAAUUUCAUCGGUUGUGAGAGGAAAAACAAACUUGAAGCCCUACAAAAUCUGAGGGAUACUUUUUUGUAUUGGAAUCCUGAAAAUCAUUCAAUGGUUUGGCAAUUUUUUUAUUAUUCUCAAUUGUUAGUUUAUAAUUUGCAAAUAAAAGAAAAUCCA